CCGCUCCCGCGCCCGAUCCGCCGCGGGCUGCGAGCGCGCCCGGAGUCAGAGGUGCUCCAGCCUUCGACCGGUUCGCAGCUGGUCUGCUGCCGCCAGCUCCCUCCCGCCCGCGCACCCGUGCAGAGAGGCCCGGCCGAGAGGGCUUGGCUCGCGCCCAGUGCCUGGCUCCCGGAGUAAACGGCGCACCGAGCGGCGAUGACCGCCGAGGAGAUGAAGGCGGCCGAGAGCGGGGCACAGUCGGCGCCGCUGCCCCUCGAGGGGGUGGACAUCAGCCCCAAGCAAGACGAAGGCGUGCUGAAGGUCAUCAAGCGAGAGGGCAUGGGCACAGAGAUGCCCAUGAUUGGGGACCGCGUCUUUGUCCACUACACUGGCUGGCUGUUAGAUGGCACCAAGUUUGACUCCAGUCUGGACCGCAAGGACAAAUUCUCCUUUGACCUGGGCAAAGGAGAGGUCAUCAAGGCUUGGGACAUUGCUGUAGCAACCAUGAAGGUGGGAGAAGUGUGCCACAUCACCUGCAAACCAGAGUAUGCCUACGGUUCGGCAGGCAGCCCUCCAAAAAUCCCCCCCAAUGCCACGCUCGUGUUUGAGGUGGAGUUGUUCGAGUUCAGGGGAGAGGACCUGACAGAAGAAGAAGAUGGCGGGAUCAUCCGGAGAAUACGGACUCGGGGUGAAGGCUACGCCAGGCCCAAUGAGGGCGCCAUCGUGGAGGUUGGACUGGAAGGGUACUACAAGGACCAGAUGUUUGACCAGCGGGAGCUCCGCUUUGAGGUUGGCGAGGGGGAGAGCCUGGACCUGCCUUGUGGGCUGGAGAAAGCCAUUCAGCGCAUGGAAAAAGGAGAACAUUCUGUUGUGUACCUCAAGCCCAGCUAUGCUUUUGGCAACGUGGGGAAGGAAAAGUUCCAGAUCCCACCAAAUGCUGAACUGAAAUAUGAAAUACACCUCAAGAGUUUUGAGAAGGCCAAGGAGUCUUGGGAGAUGAACUCCGAGGAGAAGCUGGAACAGAGCACCAUAGUGAAAGAGCGGGGCACCGUGUACUUCAAGGAAGGCAAGUACAAGCAAGCUCUACUGCAGUACAAGAAGAUUGUAUCCUGGCUGGAAUACGAGUCAAGUUUCUCUAAUGAGGAUGCGCAGAAGGCACAGGGCCUUCGGCUGGCCUCCCACCUCAACCUGGCCAUGUGUCAUCUGAAACUACAGGCCUUUUCAGCUGCCAUUGAAAGCUGUAACAAGGCCCUGGAACUGGACAGCCACAAUGAGAAGGGCCUUUUCCGCCGCGGAGAGGCCCACCUGGCGGUGAAUGACUUUGACUUGGCACGGGCUGACUUCCAGAAGGUCCUGCAGCUCUACCCCAGCAACAAAGCCGCUAAGGCCCAGCUGGCUGUCUGCCAGCAGCGGAUCCGCAAGCAGCUCGCGCGGGAGAAGAAGCUCUACGCCAACAUGUUUGAGAGGCUGGCUGAGGAGGAGAGCAAGGCCAAGGCAGCAGUGGCUGCGGGAGACCAUCCUGCGGACACAGAGAUGAAAGAUGAGCAGAAGAAUGAUGUGGCAGGGAGCCAGCCUCAGGUGGAGACAGAAGCGUAGAGUCUGCCCAGCCCUACUCCUGUGGCUGCCUGCCUCCCCUGCUCCCUCCCCUCCUCCGCCCUGUUAGUUUUGUAAAAACCGAAGAAUUUUGAGUGAAUUAGACCUUUAUUUUUCUACCUGGUUAGAUGGUGGCUUUGGGGGAAGGGGGAAAGGAGUAGGCUGGGGGAUCGUUUUAGGUGGUGUCACCCCCCCCUUCCCCCUUCCCCCGUUACAUGUGAAUGAACGUCCAUCCACACGCACACUCAUCGGAAUGUUAAUUUAUUUUGCUUCUUCUGUUCGCUAUGUCCAUUUUUCAAACGGUAGAAGGGAGUGAGUGGUAGGGAUGCUAUAUGGGGUCUGAUGUGAAACCAGGGUGGAGAGGGGGACUCCUGGGCAGCCAUUUUCCUCGUCCUUCCCUCCUCCCGGUCCAUUCCCCAACAUGUGGCCUCCAUGUGGGUGCUAGGGGUGUGGGACAAACCACUGCUGUGCCCAUUCCUGCUCUUUGUUCCCAUCCUCACCCCAGAUGGUAUGGCUGAGAUGUUUUCUGGUGUCCUGAUAUCCGCCUCCUGCCCCCCAACCCUCACCAGUAUUUCCCUCUGGAUCAGUUUCCUUUCUCAGCCAGGUCAUGUCCCCAACCCCCUCAGCCUCUUCUCUGCACGUUGCUGAAGGUCCGGGCUUACCUCAAGUUCUGUGCUUGAGCAAUAAAGUGGAAAUAAAACCUG